AUGCCCACCAAAGACAGCAAUAACCCCCUACGAGUCCUCAUCGCCGGGGCCGGCAUCGCCGGACUCGCAACAGCCAUCGCCCUGAGAAGGAUCUCCAACAUCAACGUCGACGUACAACUGUACGAGCGAGCGAGGGAGUUGAAGGAGAUAGGGGCUAGUAUAGCGCUGAGUCCGAAUGGUCUACGAACACUCGAAAAGCUAAGCGUGCACAACGCUCUAGACGACGACGUAGCGUUCAGAGGACCGAGUGGGAUUCCGAUGAUAUAUCGCCACUGGAAAACAAGCCGCAUCGUCAGCUACGACUCCUUCGUCAACGUCCCGCUGCGUCGGCAUCAAACGGCCAGAUUCCAUCGUGCGCAUCUGCACCAGGCACUGCUGAAGCAUGUCCCUAGGGACAUCAUCCACCUGGGCAAGAAGGUCGUUCGCGCAGAGGUCCGUGAUGAGCGGGUGGUUGUGUUUUUUGCUGAUGGUACGAGUGCGGAAGGCGAUGUGUUGAUUGGGGCUGAUGGGAUUCGUUCUAAAGUCCGACAGUCCUUUGCCCCAGACCACCGGUUGCGAUGGACAGGCAGGAUCUUCAUGCGCUCUACGUUCGAUGCCUCGCUGGUCGAGGGCAAAGUCCCUGAUCUGCCGCCUGAUUCGACCCAUUGGUGGGGCCCUCGAGAGAAUUUCUUCGCUUCAAAGCUCGGCAAAAACCAAUUCACCGUCGUAGGCAGCUACAUCGACAAACGCAGUCCAGAAGAGCUAGAGAGACAAGUCUCAUGGGACCAGGAAGGCGACAUCAAGUUGCUGCGGGAGAGGUACAGAAACUGGAACCCCACCGUCAAAGCCCUCGUUGACCGCACUCCCUACACCCGCCUCUAUCCCAACUAUGCGGGCGAUCCCCUUCCCACAUGGACGUUCGGAUCCCGCGUAACGCUCGUCGGGGACGCGGCGCACACUCACGGCGGCGCCUUUGCGGCUGGAGGAUCGCUGGCGCUGGACGAUGCGUAUGCUCUGGCAUUGGCAUUUCGACACGUUUUCGGCUCUGCGUCGUCAGCCAACGUACCACUCUCACCUGCUGCAGCUAUCAGCAAGGCACUGAACGUNUACGGACCAAACGCGCCGGCCACAUGCAGAGCGACUGCUGAAGAUCGUCCUGGCUGGCAUCGAUAA